GAGCUGUCCUGCCCAUGAGAUCCGGACAGGCUUCAACCUCAGCUAAAUUUUCUCUCUAUUUUUGAUACCAUUAGGCCCAUUACUAGCUUUACGACAAAUCCGGUUCCCUAAAUUCGUUCCGUGCGGUUCGUCAGGGUCCAAUUCAUUCCUCAACUCGUAAAUUUAAUACUGUGAAUGAACAAAAACAAUUGCUGUCAGUCUUCUGGCAGCGAAAAGUAGAAGAAACUGACCAAGGAAAUUUCCAGGCUCUGCCAAAACUGCCUUGCAGGUAAACGUGAAAUAAGAGGAAUUUUGAUCAGUUCGCAGAGGAAGAGCUUGAAGAUGGACGAAGAUCACAGUAAUAGCGGCUUUUUGGAGACUGGAAAAGCUGAUAGAUCGGUUUGGUUAAUGAAGUGUCCGGUCGUUGUGGCCAAACCAUGGAAGAGUCAGACCUCUUCUUCUUCCGAUUCACAGCCUGUCGCCAAGGUUGUCCUCUCUCUCGACCCUCGCAAACCCGAUGACCCUUCUUCUAUGCAGUUUACUAUGGAGAUGGCUGGAUCUGAGAUUGGAAAUAUGCCAAAGAGUUACGCCUUGAAUAUGUUUAAAGACUUUGUUCCUAUGUCCGUUUUCUCUGAAACAACUCAGGGUAGGGUUGCAAUGGAAGGAAAAGUUGAGCAUAAAUUUGACAUGAAACCACAUGAGCAAAACCUUGAGGAGUAUGGGAGGCUCUGUCGUGAAAGGACAAAUAAGUCCAUGAUAAAGAACAGACAAAUACAGGUUAUUGAUAAUGACCGUGGAGUGCACAUGAGGCCGAUGCCUGGAAUGGUUGGUCUGAUUUCAUCCAACACCAAGGAAAAGAAGAAAACAACGCCUGUUAAACAACCAGAAAUGAAAAGAACAAGAAGGGAUCGUGGGGAAUUGGAAGAUAUAAUGUUCAAGCUGUUUGAGAGACAACCAAAUUGGGCUUUAAAGCAACUUGUCCAAGAGACAGAUCAGCCUGCUCAAUUCCUUAAAGAGAUACUGAAUGAGCUCUGCGUGUACAAUAAGAGAGGCAGUAACCAAGGAACUUACGAACUUAAGCCAGAGUAUAAAAAAUCUGUGGACGACACAGCAGCUGAAUAGCUUACAUUUACCUGUAAUUUACUUUUCUUUUAUUUCUAAUUUUUUUUCUCAAUUAAAGGGAUAGUCUAAAGGAACCCCUCAUGAAGAGGAUAGAGAGUAAUAUUCAGCUUAAGAACCAGUGAUUUAAGGGGAUAAUAGGUAAUUUGUUUGGGGAAAGGAAAACUUGGCUGCAGGACCUCUAAAGUCCAAUGGUGCAAUUCAAACAUUCUUCAAUGAUAUCAAAGUUGGGGACUAAGGGGGCAAGUAUAUGCAGAACAAAAAUCCUGAUCAAUAAAAAGGAAUCAUAUUCUAUCGUGA